CGUGUCGCUCCGCCGCCGCCCCUUGCGCUCGUCUCACCCUCGAAUCGACCCCGACCGUUGCCUUGCUUUGCAGCACACCGGCGCCUAUCGCGAUUGUGCCUUGCGCUGAAACCCCCUCUUCCUGCGAGGUACCAUCUAUUCGGCUUGCCAUCCCAUCCGGCCCUCCGCCCUCCAAGCUCGUCGAGGCCUAGACUUGUCGCCUCCCGCCGCCACACCAACAGGGCAGAAUCAACCGACGAGCGAGUCGUCUUCGCAACACGCAAACACGGGCGCAGAACACCCUUCUCCGGGCGAGGCAGGUUGUCGAGGCUGCCACUCACUCACUGCAUCGACGCCAACGACAACAAGGACGGGAGGCCCCCGUCGAUCGUCAACGGCACGCGGCGACGCGGCCAAAGGCAGUAAUAAGCAAAGGCACGAGGAAGCAGCGCACUUGUCUCGACGGAAAAAUUUGGCACAUUCGGGGAGGGGCGUCAAUCGACAAGGAGAGAGACAAAGUCGCCACGAGAUGCGCCGCCGAUCGAGGUCGCCAAUCACGCGCCAACUGGGCCCAGGAUAUCAAUGCAUCAAAUGACGAUGUUGCUGGCGCUGCGUCCGCCCUUUGUUCCCCGGCUCGUGGGGCAUGGUCAUUCCCCGUUGACUUGGCAAUCGACAUUCUUCGGGUGAAACAUGUGGACCUUUGCAGGUUCAGAUUUCAGGAACAGGAAACAACCUGCAGGCCUGCCUACGCUACGCGGCUGUGUCUGUGCAUUGAGCGUCUCGAGGCCCUUGGGGUCGGCGAUGAGGCGGUGGUGUUGUUGGGCAAGAUACGGGACGAGCAGCAAGUCUGCGCUUGACGGCGACGCCACGGCCAACCGCCGCCGUUGGCGCGGGCACCACUCCACGCUUACACCACAGCGAGCUUCGCAUCGUCAGCGCGACCAUUGGGUCGCACGACAGUGGCCGCCAGCGUCGUCACGCAGGCGAUGCAUCAUAUCAGGGUCUGGAAAAGACAGCAGUAUGCGUGAUACAGAGCUGUUGGGGUUGCCGUUGGCAAAGCGCCCAGCAUCAGCGGCCAUAGGCUCAUGGCUGUCAGGAGUGGAUCGAUGAUGGAUGGCAAAGCGCAAAGAGGCUCCUGUCAACUGCCUAACAAGGCUGUUGGAACUCCGAGGAGCCCACGGAGCCGCAACCCACACGACGACGCAUCGACAUGUCGUCCGUUUCAUGGCUAUUUUUUGCCGGGGCAAGCAACAAGGCGGCGCAAGGCACGGUACGGCGCAGCAUUCUGCAAGGCACCAACCUACCUUACCUACCUACCUUUCCUUGCCUGGCCCGGCCCGGCCCACUCACUGCCCGACGGACUGGCUGGCAAAGACAUUCAUCAUGAUGGACAGGGCGGGCUGGCGAAGACGAGAGGCUUGAGCUUGACCAACGCGGCGGUUGGGCUGUUAAGGGUUACCCACUCCGGCACACAUCCCCAGAGAUCGCGCCAUACUCCAUCCGUACGCUCUUCACCUCUUGCCAUCCCGCACCUGCUGCCUUCCGCCCCUCCUCCCCCAUGGCCCGUCUCGUCUCCCCUUGCCACUUUGCAUCCGGGACGAGAUGCUCGAAGCUGUCGGCUUGUCUGAUUGCGCGGGCUGGCCCCCGCAAGUGGGUCGACCGGUCGCCGCCGAGGGUCGGUUGGCAUAAUGGCCAGAGACGGCAGAGGCUUGCUCGAUGGAAUGUGUGGGCAUGGGUAACCCCGUGCAUUCCUUCACCCUCGUCCGCCGAAUAACACACACACACACACACACACACACACACACAUUGUCCCAACGAGCGGGUCAUAUGCACCCGUUGCUGGUUGCCCGUUGCCUGCUGUCCCGUUGCUAUGUACGGGCCUGGAUGGGGUACCUUAUUCCCACGGCCCCGAGCCCCUGCCUGCUUGUUAUAUGCCCGGCCCAAGGUUUUUGUUGCAUCCACAUCUCGUCGACUAUGACGGGCCCUUCCCUCACUCACUCACUCACUCGCUGACCUUUUUCCUUUGCCACCCUCUCUUAAUCCAUCUCUCCCAUCCCGCCGUCUGCUUCAGUGCCUUUCAUCAGUGAGCGCCAGCGCUGUCCUGUCGUGUCCUGUCCUGUCACUUCCUAUCUGGCCUGUUCCGUUGCGACUCUGCGUUGAUCAACGCGACCGUUCGCCUGCAUGGUCUGAAGCUUCCCUGGGCCUCUCGACUUAUACGGGCGCCUCGAGCGGGUGAACAGACACCAGACCCCUGCGCCAACCCCGAUACCACGGGAUGGCCUCGUGGACGAUGCCCUACCGGCCGGACGCCGUCGAAAACAGCGGCAAUGGCAGCAACAGGGACUCUGGCUUCUACUGGCAGGACCUGGAAGGGGCCGCCGACAUGCAGAGCGACUUCUUCGGCCAGUUUGUCGACUUGGAUCACGAAGGCCCGGUCACGACGAGCGCCAGCGAUGCCUUCCAUGCCCAUGCCAUAAGCGCGGCCAUGGGCGGCGGGCCCGAGUCCGUCUUCCUCACUGGCGAGGCUCACCUUCCUCAAAACCACAUGACUGAGAGCACCGGCUCAUCGGGCGUGUCGACCUCGGACGAGCUGGACUUUCUCUCCAACAGCUCUCACAUGGGCCCGGCCGCCUCGUCUCAAUUCGAAUACCUCGGCCGCGGCUCCAUGUCGGAGACGGAUCUCACCCGACUCGAGAGCAUCUCGCUGCACUCGCCGCAAAAGGGCUCUUCUGCCGUGUCGGAUCCCGCGUCGCCCACGCCGCCCAACACGGCGGCGGUCCGCAAGCCCAAGAAAUUUGUCGAGGCGCUGUCGUCGACGAUUCGCAAAGCGACCAACUUGAGAAAGACGAGGAAGCCGCCUCCUACCCAGCGAACCGGCUCGCCGGAGCCAGAGGAGCAUCCUCAACCUCUUAAGCCCCCAAAGCAACGACGCGGGCGCACGCGCACCGUCACGCACGGCAAUACAUCGCACUCGCCCCCAAACCAGCAGCAGCAGCAGCAGCAUCACCCGGCAAGCGCCCAGUUCAUACAUGGCUUCUGCGACGACCCUUUCAACGAAAACAACCCCCCUCCACUGCCGGCGGCAUCCUCGAUGCAGUACUAUGGCCAGUCCGGCAUCACCACGCCCAUCGAGUCGCCAGGCGUCAAGAGCGAACCAGGGCAGUUCCCAGACCCCGCUGGCGUCCACGUCCCGUCGGCGUCCGCCUGGCAGCAUCAUCAACAGCAAGUCAUGACACCAGACCAGUGGAAUGGAGCUGGAGGCGAGUACAUCACCACCGGACAGGAGCCAGGCUGGUGGGACAUGGGCAUGAUGCCGCAGGGCGCCCCUGUCAAUGGGGAGAUGUCGAACCAUCACCGCAACACGAGCGUCAACCUUCACAGUCAUGCGCAACACAUGGUGAUGCCAUAUGAGUAUGCGCCGCCAAUGGCCGACACAGGCGCGGCGGGUCUCAUGAUCCAUAUGCCGCAGCCUCGACCAGGGCAGCCCACCGUCGUCAACGAGCUGAGUGUCAACGGCCAGACGCAUCUGCCCCCGCCGCCGGCCCCACCAAAGGCACCGGCGACCGACCGGCCGCACCGGCCGCCCCGUGCCAAGUCGUCGGGGGCCAGGCACCUGUCGUGCUCGCCAGUGCGCAAGCAGCGCGCCCCAUCUGCGUCGCCGUCGCCAGGCCAGCCCUCCAACGUGCCUCGUUCGCGACACAGCUCGGGCGCCUCGGUCUCCUCGACCCGCAGCACCUCGGGCCGAUUGCCGGGUAGCAUGCCAGGUACGCCGUGUAGCGUCCGCAAGCGUCGGUCUCGCGACGUCAGCGGGGGGUCGACAAGCAUCUCACUUGGAGGGGAUGAUCUUGGCGGCGGCGGUGGUGGUGGCGGCGGCGGCGGCGUCGGCUUCGUCAAUUUCACGCCUAACGAUGGAUCGCUCCUGAUGACGGGCGUCGCACCGAGCGGCAGCUCCAAGACCAAAGCCCGGCGCGAAAAGGAGGCUCAAGACCGACGGAGACGCCUUAGCGAGGCCGCACUCAAGGCUGUCGCGGCAGCCGGCGGCGACGUCGACAAGCUACUCGAGCAGGGAUUCGCCUUUUGACAGAUGUUUCGGCGGCGCUUGGAAAAAAGGCGUUGGGGUGUUGUCACGAAGCCCGCGAGACAUUUCUAUUUGCCGGACGUGCGCGUCUCGCAACUGUGAACUACUACGACUACUACUACUGCUACUAUUUCCCCUCUUUCGUUCUGUCGCCGUUCUGUCUCCUUCUCUGUGGACCCUUGGUGUCCUUUUAUUUAUUUCUACUUAUCUCUUUGUGGUGGAGCGGAAGAGAAGGUGGCGAUGGCUGACAUGGAAGCUUGGGUGGUACACGACCGCGGCGGUUGUUGCUCUCAUACAAGAGGCGAGGCGAAUUAAUAUGUACGCAUAUUACACAACAACAAGACGAUUUGAAUACAGUCAAACAAUGUUCUUUUGUCGCUCGUGACUACAUGCAUGCAUAGAAGGC